AACAGGAAUAUUUCGUAACGUUUGAUUGGGGAAAAAAAAAAAAAAAAAAAACAAAACAAAAUAAAUAAUAAUAUUAUUGUACAUCUAAUGGUUUCUUUCAGAACGCAGCUUAAAAAUAUCUAACGUAUGUAAAUAAUAUUUUCUUCGUUAUAAAGAAAGAUGCAAAUCUGACGUUCUAUCAUAUGUUCGUUACAAGUUUUUCUCCUUUGUCAUUGUGUUUUUACAUUUUACGUGUUGAUCGUACGAAGAAAUGGACCAGUACUUACAUAGUGUCUUAUUGUAAAAUAAACAUAACUGACUGGUACAAUUAUUAUUUAAAUUUAUACUUGCCAUUUUUACAAAUCAAUCGACAUGUCAGACGUGAAAAGUCUUGAACAUCCAACGUUGAAGGUCCCGUACGAACUUUUAAAUAAAAAGUUUCGUUCGGCUCAAAAAACAUUAGACAGGGAAGUGUCGCACGUUCAAACUGCGACGAAUGAGUUAGAAAAAGGAUUGAAAGGUGAUGGAAGUGGUGUUGCUACUGGAGAAAUAACUAGACUUUUGGGUGGCGUAGUAGCUAGACUUCAAGUUUUGAAACGCAAAGCAGAAGAAUCUAUUGCGGAAGAAUUGCAAGCCGGAAUGGUUUGUAAAAGACGUUUAGAUCAUUUAAAGGAACAUGCCAAUACAGCUCCGAGUGCUGUAAAUCAAUGGAGAAGGCAAAGACUAGAUCGUAUGCUGGUAGAAUAUUUUCUUCGGAAAGGCUACUACAAAACAGCGACCAAAUUAGCAGAUAGCAGUGAAUUAAGAGAUCUAACAAACAUUGAUGUUUUUAUGGUAUCUAGAGAAGUAGAAAAAUCUCUAGCAAAUCACGAAACUUCGAGGUGUAUCGGUUGGUGCCAUGACAAUCGAUCUAAGUUAAGAAAAUUGGGUAGUACAAUGGAAUUUAAUUUACGCGUACAAGAAUUUAUUGAAUUAGUAAGAGCGGAUAGAAGACUCGACGCUGUUAAACAUGCCCGGAAAUGUUUUGCAAAUUAUGACGAUUAUCAGUUACAAGAAAUUCAAUGUUGUAUGGGACAACUGGCAUUUCCUGCUAACCUUUAUCUCAGUCCGUACAAAGACUUAUUAGAUGAAAAAAGGUGGGAUAGAUUAAUAGAACAAUUUAGGCACGAGAACUAUAGGCUUUUCCAAUUAGCCAGUCAAAGUGUAUUCACAGUAGCAUUGCAAGCAGGAUUGUCUGCACUAAAGACACCUCAAUGCUAUAGUGCAAACAAAGAAGGCAGAAAUCCUAGUUGCCCUGUGUGUAAUGAAGCACUUAAUGAAUUGGCAGCUCCUUUACCAUUUGCUCAUUGUUCUCAAUCAAGACUUGUUUGUAGUAUUAGUGGCAAACCGUUAAAUGAAUAUAAUCAACCAAUGAUGAUGCCAAAUGGAUAUGUUUAUGGAGAACAAGCUUUGGAAAAAAUGGCGCAAGAAAAUAAUGGUAUUGUGAUUUGUCCAAAGACCAAAGAAGAGUUUCCUUAUAAAAAAAUUGAGAAAGUGUAUGUUAUGUAAAAUGAAUAGUUUAAUCUUGAAUUGUAUGAUACAUAAAACGGGAGUUUUUGUGCAACAAUAGGCAUUUGUUUAGAUAGCGUUUAUGAUUUUUUUUUUCUUUUUUUUUUUUUUCUUUCUUUUUGUUGAUAUAAAAAAUAUAUUGUUUUAUGCUAUGUAAUAAUAUUACUAGAGGAAAAUACAACCUCUUUUUA